ACACACUGCACUGAGAGUGACCUUAGAGAGAGGGUUAUACGACAGCAGGAAGGAGAAGGCCAACAUGCUCUCUCCAUAAACAGCCUUGCCCCCGGCCACCUUACAAGAGUGACACAGGCCAUGCUCCAGGAGCCGGAUCCAUCACAGCUUGCAGUGCCGGGUCACCAACUUCUUUUAUUGUUCAAGAAAGGAGAGUCCCUAUCAUAUACAGGAAAAAAAAUGUUCUUUUGGCUGUUAGCCCUCCUAAUCCUUUGUGGUUUUCUAUGGAAUUAUAAAAGACAACUAAAGAUUACAGACAUCACCGAUAAGUACAUUUUUAUAACUGGGUGUGACACAGGUUUUGGAAAUUUGGCAGCCAGAACUUUUGAUAAAAAAGGAUUUCAUGUAAUUGCUGCCUGUCUGACUGAAUCAGGAUCAACAGCUUUAAAGGCAGAAACCUCAGAAAGGCUUCACACCGUGCUUCUGGAUGUCACUGACCCGGAGAAUGUCAAGAGGACUGCCCAAUGGGUGAAAUAUCAAGUUGGGGAAAAAGGUCUCUGGGGUCUGAUCAACAAUGCCGGUGUUCUCGGCGUGCUGGCACCCACCGACUGGCUGACAGUGGAGGACUACAGAGAACCUAUUGAAGUGAACUUGUUUGGACUCAUCAAUGUGACUCUAAAUUUGCUUCCUUUGGUCAAAAAAGCUCGAGGAAGGAUUAUCAAUGUCUCCAGCAUUGCAGGUCGACUGGCAUUUAGUGGAGGGGGCUAUACUCCUUCCAAAUACGCAGUAGAAGGCUUUAAUGACAGCUUAAGACGGGACAUGAAAGCUUUUGGUGUGCAUGUUUCAUGUAUUGAACCAGGAUUAUUCAAAACAGGAUUAUCAGAUCCAAUUAAAGCCACUGAAAAAAAACUGGCCAUUUGGAAGCAUCUGUCUCCAGAUAUCAAACAACAGUAUGGAGAAGGUUACAUUGAAAAAAGUCUAGACAAGCUGAAAGGCACGACUUCCUUUGUGAACGUGGACCUCUCCCUGGUGGUGGAGUGCAUGGACCAUGCGCUCACAAGUGUCUUCCCUAAGACCCAUUAUGCUGCUGGAAGAGAUGCCAAGACCUUCUGGAUACCUCUGUCUUACAUGCCAGCAGUUUUGCAAGACUUUUUAUUGUUGAAACAGGAAGUAGAGCUGGCUAAUCCCAAGGCGGUGUGACUCAGCCAACAGCAAAUGUCUGCCCCCAGGCUAUGAGAUUGGCUGCUUUCAAGGACACGUCUCCUUUUGGUCUCAUUCCUUACCUAAUCCAAUCCCGACUCAAUUAGAUCAUGCUUCUUUUGAUAAAUGAGGGGGUCCCACCCACACUGGCAAUACCCCAGGGUCUCUUUUUAAGCCUUCUUUGAAAAGAAGGGCGGCGAUGACCUACCUCAUAGAAGGGCUGGGAUGGCACCUGCCCAAUAUUUAGGGUUUGCCUGCUUAGUAUGAUAUAAGGGAAAUUGAAGGCCUUUCCCACCCAAAAUGAUCUCUACCACUGCCGGCCCCAUGCUCCCAGCCCCCACCCCUUGAACUCCAGAAUGUUAAUUAUUUGUCCCGUAUCAAAAUGUUCAGAGAUAAGUAGAAUACUUUCAUGAGUGGAUUGGAUGUGUUAUUUUGCCGAGAAGAAGACUGUGAAAGACUGGAACUCAGUUUUGUAAGCUGUGGAGUCUCAGGAGAAAGAAGGGUAAGGAAGUGUCACGUGACGGGUAUAAACUAAGGGGAGCAGAGAAACACUAGGUAGGAUUGCAAGUAGGAGGGUAGGGAAAGAGCAGGACAAGAGGACUGAAAAGAAGAAACAAGUAUGGAAGUGGAGGGAGGGAGAUUCCAAGACAAGCCUGCCUGUUUUAGAGGGAGCUGUGGAGGGUGAACAGCCUCUUCAAAGCCACCAUGAACACUGGUGCCGACAUAGCUGCCCGUGGAAAGCUGGACAACAGAGUAACCAGUCAUUCCAGAGAAGGAAAAUGUAGGGCAUUGAUGUUUAUUAUGGCUAUUGUAAAUAUAACAAGACCCAGAGUAUCUGAAACAACUUACACCCAAGAUGGUUUGGAAAGCCCGUCCUUGAGGUGUCUCUGAAGCCCCGUGAAGAUAUAGAGCUAAAUUAAGACUCUUUGACCUACAGUUUCAGCGACAGCAGGUCUGCUCCUUGUUCAUAUUUGUGGUCCUAAAUCGGACUGACUCUGGACCCACACCUCUUCCAAAAACAAGUUCUCUGCACAUAUGCUUCCCCAGAUGCCAGCACCCAGUAUCACUCACAUAGGUUGGUAGAAGAUUCACGUGAAAAAACCUGAAGUGUCAAAAUUCAAUAGUUGUUGCUAAAUAAUAUAGGGUGAAAGAGCCAGGAAAAUUACAUCAUGUGCACACACACACACAAGCAUGCAUGUGUGCACACACAAACAUAUUUAUUGUGAAGAAAAUAUUUAAUUAUCUGCUGCAUGAAACCAUACCCAUUUGAAGGUAUCAGUAAUUUUAUUCAUUUUAAUUUACUUUUCUGGAAACAUCUGUUUAUGAGGUAAUCUCCUCCUUUCACAUUUACAACAUAUUCAUGACUUUGAAAAACCAAAUUUCCAAUGGUAUCGGCCCACCUGGACAUAUAUGUCAUUAUUUUAAGGGAAAAAUACACUCAUCCUUUUUUCAUGAAAAUGAAGGAAAUCACAGCAAGAAUAAGAAUUCUCAGGCAAAGUUAUCUAAACUAUUGUCACUACCUACCCAUUAAGCCAUCUCCAUCUUGGUCCUAGCCCCAGUGACAGUUCACCUUAGAUCUCUGAUUUCUUCUCAUUGCAAUUAACCACCUGUGUGUUAGGGAACCCUUGCACAGCUUGCCCUUGGAGCUGAAGUUCAUCACCGUUGUUUGCUGGGGCUCUUCCUUCUCACCUUGAAUUCCCAGAUCCUGGCUUCGUUUCACUGUUUUAAAAAUGUCUGGCCUGCUGCUCCCUGAUCUUCCCAGCCUCCAUGGCUGCCAAGAUCUUUAAAAUCUGCAGGAACCUGCUUUGCUGAACUUCCAACCAUUCCAGUUGUGUUGCUGGGUCUACCUAAUGGUGUUAUUUCCUUUGUUUUACCUAGACCUGAGUUCUUGGCUCAUUUCUCCAAAUAACUACCAUUGGCAAACCCGUUUCAUUCAAUCCAAAAGUGUUCUACUAAAAUGAAUGCUACCAAAUAUGGUA